AUGGAGACUGCACUGCUUAGAUCUUUUUCAUCUAUCAUUCCUGAAUCUCCAAUCUCCCUCACCCAUUUCUUAGCUGCAACUGUUCUGAUAAUAGUGGUUCUCUGUUUUACAUUCAGAUCUAAGAGUACAUACCUUAUCGACUUCACCUGCUAUCGGCCUCCAGAAAGCUUGCGGAUUGCGAAAGAAAGCUACAUCGAACACAUUGAAAUGAGUAAACUCUACGACAAAGAAACCUACAGUUUCCAAGUGAAGGUAUUGGAAAGAUCAGGCAUUGGAGAUGAGAGUUGCGUGCCUAUUGCACUGCAUGAGCUCCCUCCUCAUUCUUCUUUGCACGCUGCUAGAAAAGAAACUGAAAUGGUUCUCUUCUCAGUCGUCAAAGACCUCCUUUCCAAGAACAAAAUAAAUCCUAAAAGCAUCGACAUUCUUGUGUCCAACUGUAGCCUUUUCUGCCCUACCCCGUCCAUUACAUCUAUGGUCAUAAACAAGUUUGGAUUCCGAAGCAACAUAAAGAGCGUCAACCUCAGUGGAAUGGGUUGCAGUGCUGGAAUCUUGUCUAUAAGUUUGGCUAAAGAUCUGUUAAAAGUUCACCAGAACUCCUUGGCUUUAGUUCUCAGCAUGGAAGCUCUGACUCCUAGCGGUUAUAUGGGUACCAAAAAAUCCAUGCUUCUUCCGAACCUUUUGUUUCGGAUGGGAGGAGCUGCUAUUCUAUUAUCCAGCAGGAAAAGGGACAAGCGAAUAGCUAAGUACGAGCUCCAGCACAUUGUCCGAACCCACAUUGGUUCGGAUGAUGAAGCAUACCAAUCUGUCUUCCAGCAACUCGAUGAAGCUGGACAUGUAGGGGUCUCACUGUCACGGGCUCUUAUACCUGUGGCAACAAAAGCACUCAGAACUAACAUAUCCAAGUUGGGACCUCUAGUGCUACCAUAUUCUGAGCAGCUACGAUAUGUAUGGUCAAUCAUCCACAAAAAAGUCUUGUUAUUACCGAGCCAGAAGAAAAUUUAUGCUCCAAAUUUCAAUAGGGCUCUUCAGCAUUUCUGUAUACAUGCUGGUGGAAGGGCAGUGAUUGAUGGAAUAGUAGAUAGUCUCAGGCUGGACAAGGAGGAUGGAGAAGCUUCAAGGAUGACAUUACAUAGAUUUGGUAAUACUUCAUCUUCUUCCAUUUGGUAUGAACUCUGCUAUUUGGAGGCAAAAGGAAGAAUGAAUAAAGGAAAUCAGGUUUGGCAAAUUGCCUUUGGAAGUGGCUUCAAGUGUAACAGCGCAAUUUGGAAAUGCAUUUCAGAUAUUGACCCAACAGAACGAAAUGCAUGGUCAGACAGAACUUACUUGUAUCCAAUUGAUGAGGUCCCAAAAUAA